UCAUCCAUCAUUAGUGAGAACAUGAGCGGGUGUCCGAGUGCUCUCAUUUCUUAAAGCUGUAUUUAUUUGUAUUUAAUUUAAAGCAGAUAGUCGUUAAUAUAUGACAUACUAUACGAUGGUUACGGAAUUACGAGAUGACUGUCUCUGAAACGAUCUGCACCUGGUCUUUUCGGAAGCAGCGUGAGAGCCUGAUGUUGAUGUAACUGGCUCUGUGUGGAAAACGACCGCCACCGUGGAAGAAACCAGCAGCACAUGGCACCAGGCCUACACAAACUCGGGCUACAGCCCUGCUCCAGCAUCACCCGAACACUUGUGCAGGGCCUGUGGAGGCCACUUCGACACGGCAAGCAGGAAUGUGUGUGUAGACUGCAAGAAGCACUUCUGCAGCCGCUGCUGGGUGCAGCCCGAGCUCAGGCCUGCGCUGUGCCAGACGUGUCGGCGCUUCGUCGGCACUCAUUUCGAACGGAGCCAGCUGAUGGGGUUGAAGGUGAAGGAGCUGCGCGACUACCUGCACCUGCAUGACGUCCCCACUCACACGUGCCGCGAGAAGGAGGAGCUGGUGGAGCUCGUGCUGGACCAAAACACGCCUGGCAGCAGCAGCAACAGUAGUAGCAGUAGUAGUAGCGGUAACGGUUGUAGAAACUCCGCCCCUCAGCCAGCCGCUCCAGACGUCACACAGUCCCACACUCCUCCACCCCAGGCAGCCGAGGAGCCAGAGUCUUUCACAGAGGAGGAGGAGGAGGAGGAAGAAGGUGAAGAUGAGGAUGAGGAUGAAGAGGAGGAUGAUGAUGAUGAGUCGACAGACAGCGAGGAGACAUUGGUGCACAGUCGCAGGGCCUCUCUGUCUGAUCUGAGGAGCGUGGAGGACAUCGAGGGUCUUACAGUGCGGCAGCUGAAGGAAAUCCUGGCACGCAACUUUGUCAACUACCAGGGCUGCUGCGAGAAGUGGGAGCUAAUGGAGAGAGUUACACGUCUCUUUAAUGACCAGAAAGACCUCCACAACCUGGUUUCAAACACUAAAAAUGAAUCGGGCACAGUAGCGGAACCAGCCGAGCCGAGCGGCCAGGAGGAGAACCUGUGUAAGAUCUGCAUGGACUCGCCCAUCGACUGUGUGCUGCUGGAAUGUGGCCACAUGGUGACCUGUAGCAAGUGUGGCAAGCGCAUGAGCGAGUGUCCCAUCUGUAGACAGUACGUGGUGCGCGCCGUGCACGUCUUCAGAUCCUGAUGGAGGGCCAUGAAGAGCCAGAGAACCUGGAGAGCACUCCUUUAAUAUCCACACACAUUCCACAUAGCGUUCCUGUAUGGAGGCCCUGAGAGAUGUGAGGCUCAGUCACCGUUCUGUUCGGCUCUCCUUAUCGUUUCCUAUGAGACUUUUAAUUUUUUUUGUGUCGGUUUGCUUAAUCUGGGGAUCUCGACAUGUGUAUCCUUUUCCGCCGCGUCCUCCAUCAUCGCGAUCUGCUGUGACGUUUGACUGUGAAUGGACACGUUCCGUUGCUAGCUAGUUAUCUAGCUAAUUUUCAGAAACAGCUAACUUAUUAUAAAAUAAUAUAUCAUGAAAGUUAUUAAGCUAGGUAAGAACAAGCAAGCUCACCUUAUCUAGCAGCCAUAUCUCUGCAGUUGUAGUCUGUUUAGUUAGCUAGCUAUCAUAGCAGACAUUGCCGAAUAAUGAUGUCUUUUUCGGCUCCGGGGAAGAGCGGGCCGUACGCAGUUUGCAUAGUUACCAUCUAAGCUGCUUUCCUGCGUGUGUACAUGGUGACUGUUUUGAGUUAUAGUCCUUUUUGCUUUCUCAUCACUGCGUAUUAUGCCUUUGUUGUCUUUUCUCCAUGUGUUUUUAUUGCACAUGGACACUGAGUGUAGUACAGGUUAAGGGCAUUUAUACCACAGCAUUGUUGAACUGAACUCGAUUCUGAUUGGUCAGAAGGUUGAUUAACAGCAGCUCUGCAAGGCAAAUCACAGGUUCAUAUUAACACGCACGUUCUAAUAUGUAUAAUUGGCAAAAGCUCCAUGUAAUCUAAAACUAAUAACAAUCUAGCAACAAUCUAACAAUAUUUAACAAAGAAAAAGCAUAAGUGUUGAGAUGUUUAGACGUUUAUUUAGCAUUUAUGGAAGGAGUCUCCAGUGUCAGUGCUUUGUAACAGUCAGUAAGAUUUCCAUCUCGUGAAAGUCUUCAGAAUGGAGGACUUUGCUCUUCAAGGUUUCUCAGUAACAUGGCAGGCUGCUUUUUUUUUUUCUUAUUAACUUUAAGAAAAAGAGAUGUGGGUGAGGGAAUAACUCUUAUAGCUGCUAUAAUGUAAUCGAUAACAGGAACUAACUUAUCUCACGGAUGUUUCACAACAUUAAAUGUAACUGUAAGCAAUGCGUUCUUUAAUUAAUUUAAAAAAAUGUAAUCACUGUCAAAUUGCUGUGGUAUAAGAGGAAUAAAACACACUGUUGAUUAUUUUCCUAUAACAGCACACCUCCAAGUGUUUUAUUCCUUAGUUAGUUCAUGGUUCAGUUUGAUAACUGCAUGUUUUCUCAUGCCAUUAAUAGAAUACUUUGUUUAAUACACUGUGGUUUAACAGCUUAGUAGUGUUUUGAACAGCUGUAGUCGUGGUGGUGUGACUGUAGCUGCGUGACAAUACUUUUCAGUUCCAGAUGAAAAGCUUAUGUGUAGGCUGCAUGUGCAUGUCUAUAAUCAGGUGCUACUUUCACUUCUUUGCUUUACAAAACAGAUCUCAUGGGCCUUAUCUGUGGAGUUAUUUUCAUGUCAAAAUUCCUCGUACAUAAAUGGCACAAUGAAUUAUUAAUAAUAAGAAUAUUAAAGAUUUUGUACGGUUUCCUCCCACCCCUGAAAAACAUGCUGGUUGGUGGAUUGCCUACGCUAAAUUGUGUGUGUGUGUGCAAUGGAUAGGUGUCCUAUCCAGGGUGUAUUCUUACCUUGCACUUAGUGUUCCCUGGAUAGGCUCUGGAUUCACUGCGACUCUGACAAGGACAAGUGUAAUGCAGACGAAUGCAUGAAUCAAAUAUAUUUACAGUUCUAUUAUAGUUAGGAACUAAUUUGUGUCUUUACAUGUUCAUGUAGCAAUAAUGAAUCCCAAUUUGCAUACUCACAAAUGUUUUUUACUAUGCUUAUGAAUCACUGGUUACACUGGUUUAGUUUUAUUCAUGAUUGGCUUCAUAGGGUGGAGGGGGUGGGGCUUAAACUUAAGGUUCUACUAGAUGUGUUUACAAAUGAAUGCUAAUGUGAAAAUCCACAAAAUGUGAUGUAAAGUACAAACGGACUCACAAGAAGCUUGCACACAAAAUUUGUGUUGUGACUCGACACAUAACAUGAUUCAAAUGUGAUUCAUGAUUUUGACAUUGCAUUCACGUAUGAUGACUUUUGACAAGAAAAUAACUCUCCUGUCACUUUUUUAAAUUUCUUUACACUAAACCUCCAUGAUGAGUUUGCAAAAAGAGCUACGUGCUGUUCGCAGUGUGGCGAAGGUACACUAUACAGCCUCAUCGCCAUCUUAUUUCUUAUGCACAGUAGACCGUUGUGCUGAGCUGGUGGUUUCUAGAUGGUUCCAUGGUCUUCCUUCAGAUGCGUGCAGCUGUAACACUAGCCUUGGUCUGUGUUAGUCACAUGGUGCUCUUAUUACUGCCCAAGCGUCCACUUAGUGCUCUACACACUCGUAGAUACGUUACCCCAGGGGUUCUCAAACUUCAAACCAGGGACCUCUUUAGAUGUAAAAAAUAUUCCACUAAGCGCCUCAGUACAGGAUUAUAUUACAAUUCAAAUUUUAGUUUCACUUAUUUAAAUGUGUACAAUAACAUUUUGGCUAUUUAUUGGAAACAUAGUGCUUUUUAUUCCUGAACAUGUUGCCAUUAUUUAUAGGUCUAGUUGUUUUUGAGUUACUGGAGUUUUAAUUAAACCGAUUCAAAUCAAGUGACCAGUCAAACAGUCUAAUAAUAUAAGAACUUGAUAAUAAAUAUUAUAGUGUUGAAAAUGGUGAGUUGUGAUUUCCAGCACUGUAACAGAAUAAAAAUAAUCGCAGACCCCCUGGCUAUGCUUCAUAAACCUCCCAGAGGUCCCUGGUCCCACUUUGAGAACCACGGUGUUACACCAAUGCAACAUCUUCUGAGGCUCCAGUAAAAUGUAUUUAUAGCUAUAAAUGUAAAUAAGCUGUUUUGUUACUGCUAAGUUUUCAGUUAAUCAGUUACCACACAACCUUUUCAUUAGCUGAUAUUAACGGUUGUGCGGUCUUUUUUGUUUUGUUUUGUUUUUUUAAUUCUGAAUGUACUAUAGCGGUACUUCUGGGCCAAUGGUGGCACCAGAAACAAAUGUAGUAGCGUAUGCCAUAUUUAGUUCCACUGUAGGAUUUAGUCAUAGCCAUCUUCUGUAUAUUUAGAGGGAAAAGUAAUGAUGAAUUAAUCAUAUCAUUUUCAAUAUCCAGGGAAAUUUCAUAUUCAGAAAUAAAGGUACCAAACUGUACUUUUCCUUGUUGCUGGGAUGGUACCAUCAAUGGACAUGUUUUGUACCUGGAAAUGUAAAUAUAGUAUUUAAGGUACAGAAAUUGACCUUGAGGACCACUAAUGUACCUUUAAAAGUUUGAAAGUUACUUAAAGGUACUCCACAUGAAUAAAAAUAUGUACUAAAGGUACAAAAGAUACACACUUGAUGGUACGUGUAUGAUUUGACCAUCAAAUGUCAGAGCAGCAUUUUUCACCCAGCCACACUGCACUGUUUCAAGGAAGGGCAAAUGGCCACUUUCAUAUUAUAUUACAUGUGUGUUUUCUGCAAAGGUCUUUAGUGUUUUAUUAAAAUAUAUAGUGUCACAUCUAAUGACGUAUCCAGACCACUGAUAAACUGCUAUAAAUCUGUAGUAUGUACAUGAAUAUCUCACGUUUGAAUAUUGUUCUGUGUUUCUCCCUGAUACGCUGAUAUGCAAAUGGUCUCACUGAGGCUAAGCUUGUGUUGACAUGUAGGGAUGCACUGAUCCAGCACUGAGUAUCGGACCAAUACUGUGCUGAAACGCUGGAUUUUUAUCAUAAUCAGAUAUGACAUAUUGUCUCAUCUGAUCCACUAAUAAGUGUGGCGGCCUGGGAAAACCCUUCAAGUCGUUCUGAAAACUACACUACAGUAUAAUCUGGUUGCAGGAGAAUAUUGCAUUUAAAGAUUUCAUUCUGACUGUGGUGCAUGAGCAUUGUGGACGUUUUGAUAGUCCGUAUCUGAUUACAAACUGAACUGAUGAGGCAAUCCACAUGUAGUAUAGUGAAGUAUAUGUGUUUUAGUGAAGUAUAUUUAUGGUUUUUUUUUUUUUUAAGUAGACAUGCCAAUAUAUAAUAUUCUUGGCAGAAAAGCUCAAUUUUGGCCAAAAUCUAAUUAUUUGUCUUUUUUGGCUCUUUACCAUAUCACACAGAUAGAGGUCAAGAGCCUCAGAUAAUGUUGGCAUUAAACAUCAGAAUGGCGAAUAAAUAGUGACUUUACCCAUGGCAUGGUUGGUGGUGCCAAGUGGGCUGGUUUGAAAAACUACUGAUCAUCUGGGCAUUUCACAAUCUCUAGAGUUUAAACAGAACUGUGAGUGGAAACACUGUUGAUGAGAGAGAUCAGAGGAGAAUGUCCAGACUUGUUCAAAUCGAAGCCUACAGUAACUCAAAUAAUCACUCUUUGUAACCAUGCUGAGCAGAAAAGCAUCUCAGAAUGCAUCUCAGAAUAAUCACUCUUUGUAACCACGCUGAGCAGAAAAACAUCUCAGAAAGCACAGCAUGUCAAAUCUUGAGGCAGAUGGGCUCCAGUCCUGUCAGCCAAGAACAGGAAUCUGAGGCGACAGUGGGUACAGGCUCACCCAAACUGGACUGUUGAAGAUUGAAAACAGACCAGACAAUUUUUUUCUAAUCUGCAGCUGGCCAAUUUUGGUGAACUUGUACCUACUAUAGCCUCAGAUUCCUGUUCUUCUGCUGUUGUUCCUAAUCCAUCUCAAGGUUCGAUGUGGUGUGCAUUCUGAGAUGCUUUUCUGCUCGCCGUGGUUAUAAAGAGUGCUUAUUUAGGUUAGCGAAGCCUUUCUGUCAGCUCAAACCAGUCUGGCCAUUCUCCUCUGAUCUCUCUUAUCAACAAGUCGUUUCUGCCCACAGAGCUGUCCCUCACUGGACAUUUUUGUUUUUCGCACCACCUCUAGAGACUGUUGUGUGUGAAAAUGAUCAGGAGAUGAGCAGUUUCUGAAAUACUCAGACCAGCCUGUCUGACACCAACAACCAAGCCAUGGUCAAAGUCAAUGAAAUUACAUUUUUUUCCAUUCUGAUGUUUGAUGUGAACAUUAAUUGAAGCUUUUCACCUGUAUCUGCAUGAUUUUAUUCACUGCACUGCUGCCAUGAUUAGCUGAUUGGACAAAUGCAUGAAUGAGCAGGGGUCCAGGCAUUCCUAAUGAAGUUGCUAGUGCGAGUACAUUUAUCAUAAAUAUACAUUAUUUAUGCUGUGAUUUCAUAUGAUACUGAAUGACAGUGAGGAUAAUUAUUUUGCAUAUACAUUUUAAUUAUUUGAAAGAAAUUAAUAGUAGCACCAACAAGUGAAGAUGCUUUGGGUUUUGGCCGAUACUCAGCUGUGAUACUGGUGAAAUCAGUGCCUCCCUAUUUGUGAGUUCAUAACACUUUCAUGACACUUUUAUAAGAUAUUUUAUUGAUGUAUUUUUUCAGGUCAGUUUAAUGCCACAUUAAGUGUUAUUCGAAGAGAGUAAGGCAUGACUGGGCCUCGGGACUUAGAGUUAAAUUGAUCAAUUAUGCAUUCGUACGUGUAUAAUCACCUGAAUCUAGAGCUUUUGGUGACUCAUCCGUUAGCGAUCAAUGAGUAAAUGUGAGAAUAAGUGGCAGUGUUUAUUAACAUCACAAGUGACCACUGCAUAAUCUUCUACUGGAAGGUCAGCUUCUGUGUGUAACCAGUAAUAGUGAAAUUAACUACUGAUUAAAUUAAAAAAAAAAAAAAAAAAAAAA